CUUUCCUUUUAAAGGGCCAGAAGGCCAUAUCCUCAUUACUCUCCCCCGCCUCCGUAUCUCCCCUACUCUCUUCUGCUAGCUUCACAUGCUCUCAAGCCCUUGAGUCUUAAAAGGAGACACAUUGUCUACAGCUAUGCGCUCCAUCAGGGUUGUGCCAGGAGUACUGCAGCCUCGUGGAAUUCAGGACCAGUGGAGAAGAGGAGCAGGGCACCAUUUGGAGAUGGCACUUGCCUUGGGCAUUGGCAGAGCUGGCUACUCGGCUCAAGGCAGAGAGGCAGCAGCAGUGCUGAAUGGCCGUCACCAGCACCACUACCAGCAGCAGCAGCUGACAGACCAGGAUCUGUCAGAAAAUGGGAUGCUACCACGUCUUGGUGACCUGCUCUUCUACACAGUCGCUGAGGGACAGGAAUGCAUUUCUGUUCAUAAAUUCACCAGUGCCUUGCAAGACACUGGCCUUUGGACCUCAGAUCCACGGCUCCGUGACUGUAUGAAUCUGAUGAAGAAGGCAGCACAGGAAGCCAGCACUGGAGGAACACUGAACCGAGAACUUUUCCGAAGGUGUGUGAGCAGCAAUAUUGUCCUGCUGACUCAGGCCUUCCGGAAGAAAUUUGUCAUCCCUGACUUCCAGGAGUUCACAACUCAUGUGGAGCAAAUUUUUGAGAGCACCAAAGGACUCCAGGAGGGCAAGGUGGCAAACUACAUCCCACAGCUGGCAAAGUGUAAUCCAGACAUCUGGGGCGUAUCCCUUUGCACAGUGGAUGGACAACGGCAUUCCAUGGGCCAUACCAAGACCCCCUUCUGCCUGCAGUCGUGCGUCAAGCCCCUGAAAUACGCCGUUGCUGUCAGUGAACUGGGUACCAAACGUGUGCAUCAGUAUGUGGGCAAAGAGCCCAGCGGGCUGCGAUAUGACAAGCUCUCUCUCAAUGAGGAAGGAAUUCCCCACAACCCCAUGGUGAACGCAGGAGCUAUUGUCAUCAGCUCUCUCAUCAAGAUGGGCUACAAGAAAGCUGAGAAGUUUGAUUAUGUGGUGGAUUAUUUGAAGAAGAUGGCAGGAAAUGAGUAUGUGGGAUUCAGCAAUUCCACGUUUCAGUCAGAGAAAGAAACGGGAGACCGGAAUUAUGCCAUUGGCUACUAUCUCAAAGACAAAAAGUGCUUUCCACGCAGUGUGGAUAUGAUGGCGGCCCUUGACUUGUAUUUCCAGCUGUGCUCUGUGGAAGUGACCUGUGAGUCCGGAAGUGUCAUGGCAGCCACACUGGCCAAUGGCGGCAUCUGCCCCAUCACAGGCGAGUGUGUGCUGAGUGAUGAAGCUGUCCGCAACACCCUCAGCCUCAUGCACUCUUGUGGCAUGUAUGACUUCUCAGGGCAGUUUGCCUUCCAUGUUGGUCUACCUGCCAAAUCUGCAGUUUCUGGGGCUAUCCUGCUGGUGGUGCCCAAUGUCAUGGGUGUGAUGUGUCUGUCACCCCCUCUGGAUAAAGGUGGCAACAGCACACGAGAGAUUGGGUUUUGCCAGGAACUGGUCUCACUCUUCAACUUUCACAACUAUGACAACUUGCUGCACUGUGCUCGCAAAAUGGACCCCCGUCGUGAAGGAGUCGAAGUUAGAAACAAGACUGUUGUGAACCUGCUGUUCGCUGCCUACAGUGGUGAUGUCUCUGCUCUUCGAAGAUUUGCUCUGUCAGCCAUGGACAUGGAGCAGAAAGACUAUGACUCCCGCACAGCUCUACAUGUAGCCGCAGCUGAAGGACAUCUGGAGGUUGUGAAGUUUCUGGUGGAGGCCUGCAGAGUCAAUCCGUUUGUCAAAGACAGAUGGGGGAACAUUGCCUUGGAUGAUGCUAUCCAGUUUAAUCACCUGGAGGUGGUGAAGUUGCUCAAGGAUUACCAAGAUGCCUGCAAACUGGGAGCCAGACAGGCUGAGGAAGCAGCUGAAGAUCUCUCCAAGGAGAAUUUAGAAAGCAUGGUGUAAGAAUGGUGGAAGGUUGCUAUAUUAACUGCAUUCCCCCCGCCCCAGAUUUAAUAACUAGCCACUUGCUUUCAUUUCUGAAAGGAGAUAGGCAUAACAAUAGACUUACUGCUGCUUAGCACCUGAGCUGGGACAGGGAAGAGGGAAAUUACCUCAUUCUUCCAGGCUCCUUCAUGUUAAACAACGUUUGGUCAUAUUCUCCCACCUCUCUUGUGCAAGCCUCCACCCCCUCACUGGCAGUUAGUUCCAUGCAUAAGAUCAACAUUCAUUUGGUGACACAACAGAUAACCCUGAUCAAGUCAACAGCCACUGAGCUAGUUAGCCCUUGGAAAGAGUUCAUUGUGAGGGAGCUCAAGUCUCCCUCAGCUACCAUUUCAGGCUGCCUGCAAAUCCAAGCAGACAUUGCUGCAUAGGACACUGUCACAGCAAAAACUCAAGCCCUGAAGCAGCACAAUGUUGCAUAGCUGCUGUAUAGCCAAAUGGAUACUGCUGCAGGCAGAAAGUUAGGAUGUGGUCCUGUCAUUGAGUAUUUUGAGUAAAAUCUUACUUCAUUGCAAACUGGGAUAGGUUUUGACUGACCGUUUCCUAGGGACAAAGCAGAUUGGACAGUAGUGAAAACCUCUGGCUCCUAUUAUUCCAGAGGUCAGUCCUCUUGUUUCCAGGUCAAUUACAGUGUCCAAUCUGC